AUGGGCGUUGGAAUUCAAGCAGGGCUGGCCAAGCGCCAGCGACGCGAGAUUCAGCCGCCCGUCUGUCCUCUGCCGCGGCUGUCUGAGACAAGUCUGAGACGACCAGAUACCCUCCUCCACCACGGUUCGCACGACCUGCCUGUACGCCACGCCAAACUCCCCGGCUUCCUCCCCGGCCUCGAGUGGCACUGGCCCGCGUUCGUCGACGCCGCACGCGAGCUCGGGGAUACACCCCUUCCCGAAGAGCAACCGGAGAUGGGCUUCCUGAAGAAGGCGCACCGCGUCUUGAAUGAAGUGCGCCCCGUCCCUCCCUUCGUCCUCUACCCUCGCACUGAUCCCUACAUUCGCUGGGCCUGCCUUAUCCACGUCGAGGAGGGCGCGAUGGUGUGCGCAAACUGCAGCUACUGCUACCCGCUCUCGAACGGCUUCCCAAACAUGCUCGUUGUGGAACACAAGAUCGGCUAG